UCUUGUUACGACAGUUUUCAUUCGACCGAACGAACGUUAAGGGACGUCGUUCGUCUCUUUGUGCGGCGCCUUUAAAGGCCGUGCAUCUAUUAAAUUGAAUCACAAAAAAAGAAAAAAAAAAAGUGAGAAAAACGAAACGAGAGAUAAUACAGAAAAGGAUUAUUUAACGCAACAGUGUUUUACGUUAAAAAGAGUAUAACGAGGUUAGGAUAUCAAGAUUAGAGUUUAGCGGAUCGUUAAGUCGUCUAAUCACUAAUAGAAUGCUCAAAAUCGUGAAAGCCGGCUGUACCGGCUUUAAGAGACUUCAUACAAGCAGCAAGAAACAGCUGCAACCUUUGCCUACAUCGAAGAAGUUGAGAUCGUUGAGAUACAUGGACGUUACUUUUGGAAAUGGUUUAGAAUUAGAACGAGCUCAGACACGCGAAUACAGCUUCAUUCAUGACAGUCAUUACAUGUACACGAAAGAUCAAGAUCAUGCAUCAAAUGCUGAAGAUGUACUCUUUGAUAUGUUCAAAAACGAGGAAACUGGUCUUCUCUCGGUUGGCAAGUUUCUCGCUGCUUUGAGGGCGACCGGUUUAAGAAAAAAUGAUCCUCGACUUCAAGAAUUUUCGGACAAUUUGAAGAAGGAACAUUCGAAAAGUGGAGGACAUGAAGGUGUGUCAUACGAGACGCAGAGAUUAGACAGGGAACAAUUUAGAAGAAUCGUAAAUCCGAACAUAGUGUUAAUAUCACGAGCAUUCAGGCAUCAGUUCAUUAUUCCAGAUUGGCAAGGUUUCACAAAACACAUAGAAGAUUUUUAUUGGAAAUGUAAAUCGAAUACAGAGGGCAAGGUUGCUUCGUACAUUCCACAGUUAGCAAGAAUGAGCCCGGAUUAUUGGGGAGUCUCAGUUUGUACGAUAGAUGGUCAAAGGUUCAGUAUCGGAGAUACCUCAAUUCCGUUUACGUUACAAAGUUGCAGUAAACCAUUGACAUACGCGAUAGCUUUGGAUAGGCUAGGACAAGAAGUCGUUCAUCAGUAUGUUGGUCAAGAACCAUCGGGAAGGAAUUUCAACGAGCUCGUUUUGGAUUACAACAAAAAACCGCAUAAUCCGAUGAUCAAUGCCGGUGCUAUAUUAGUUUGCUCGCUCUUGAAGUCUCUCAUAAAACCCGAAAUGACAUUGGCGGAGAAAUUCGAUUUUACUAUGAAUUAUUUCAAGAGAUUGGCAGGAGACGAAAAUUUUGGUUUCAACAAUGCAGUUUUCUUGUCGGAACGUGAAGCCGCCGAUAGAAAUUAUGCUCUCGGCUUUUAUAUGAGAGAACACAAGUGUUACCCAGAUAAAACGAAUCUCCGUGAGAUCAUGGACUUUUACUUUCAAUGCUGUUCAAUGGAAGCAAAUUGCGAAACUAUGGCCGUAAUGGCGGCGACAUUAGCGAACGGUGGUAUAUGUCCUAUUACUGAAGAGAAGGUCCUUAAACCGGAUAGCGUUCGAGAUGUACUUAGUCUGAUGCAUAGUUGUGGAAUGUAUGAUUACAGUGGUCAAUUUGCAUUCAAGGUUGGAAUACCAGCAAAAUCUGGAGUAUCUGGAAGUCUCCUUGUAGUUAUACCAAAUGUGAUGGGUAUCUGUACGUGGUCGCCACCUUUAGAUCUUCUUGGCAAUUCUUGCCGAGGCGUACAAUUUUGCGAGGAACUCGUGACCGAGUUUAAUUUUCAUAGGUACGAUAAUCUGAAGCACGCGACCAACAAGAAAGAUCCGAGAAGGCACAAGUACGAAACGAAGGGUCUAUCCAUAGUCAAUCUUCUCUUCAGUGCUGCCAGUGGUGAUGUUCCUGCAAUGAGAAGACAUCGAUUAAGUGGUAUGGACAUGACAUUGUCCGAUUAUGACGGAAGGACAGCUUUACAUUUGGCCGCUAGCGAAGGUCAUUUGGAUUGCGUUGAAUUCCUGAUCGAACAAUGCAACGUACCUCAUGAUCCUAAAGACAGAUGGGGUAAACGACCAAUAGACGAGGCGAAAAAUUUCGGUCACAUGCAGGUCGUAGAAUAUUUAAACAAUUAUGCGCUUGUGCACAAAACUGAACGCGAGCACGUGGAAAAUAAAGAGAACGAAGUGAAUGAGGAAAAGUCUUCUGAAAAGAUCGGCCAGUCACCAUUACCAUAAAAAGGAUUUCAUCAAUUUAGAAAUUCAAGGAUAUCAACGCCAUAAAAAUCGAAAGAGUCAGAAUUAAAGGGAAACAUUAAUUACAUAUCGAUGAUAAUCAUAACUGACGUUGAUGAUCUUUGUUCGUAUUUCAUUAUUCUAAAAUGUUUUUAUUUGCAUAAAUAAUUAUUUCAAACGAAAGUUCAAAAUGUAUUAAUUUCGAUGAGUUACGAACAUAUUCGAUAUAUCAUCGAUUAGUUCAUUGUUCAGUUCUAAAUGAUUAUUAAUCAAUUAUUUUUAUUCAUUAAUUUUCUCUCGAAUCAAUUACUUAAAAAAAAAAAAAAAAAAAAGAAAAAAAAACGCCUAAAGAUAGGCAACAGAGUAUACUUUGUCGAUAAUAUUAUUGCUUUCAAAUUAGGAAUUUAAUUCUUUUUUUUUAUAUUCAAGAUGAUAGAUAAAAAAGUAAUAUAUGUAUGUGAAUAUAAAUAUGUAAUAGAGAAGCUUAUUCUGUCGAUGAACAUAAUUCAAAAUGUAGAGGAUAUAUAUUUACCAUGCUAUUUACAUUAUCGACCUAGUAUGAAGGAUUGCCUAUUUCCAGGCGUAAUUCAAAUAGAUCAAUGAAUUUAUAAGUUAAUAUUAGUAUUUCCUUUUUUUCAAAUUUUUAUUCAAUUUGAUUAAAUUCUAAAGACUUAACUGGUUUCAAAUUAUUUAAAUUAAAUCUGAAAUUAGAGUUCGAUAGAAAUUUAAAAGAUUUUUCUAACAAACUAAACAGUACUUUUUCGUCUACCUCUAUUAUCAUUAUCAGUAUAACAAUACGAAUCUCUUUUAUUUCAUUAUUAAAUCAAUUUCAAUGAGUUUCAUUGAUUUAUUAUCACUUACUCAGUAUUCAAUCACGUACUGUCAGUAUUUGUUCGUUUUCUCUUUUUGUUUUUUUAUUUAUUCGUUGAUUUAUAGAUUUAAUUUCUCAGAAGCGUCCUUUUCUACGCCUCUAUAUAUUAUUUACGAUAUAAGAAAUCGAAGAAGAGAGAUAAGAUAGGUGUGAUGUCAAUUUUCUCGUGAUUACACGAAUACCUCUAGUACAGAGUAGAUUUAUUAUUAAUAUUAUUAUAGUUAUGCUAGAUAUAUAUAAAUAUUCGAAAUCUCUCUCUCAUUCUAAUUGCGAAUAUUACCUUUCAUCGGAUUGUAUAUGUGUAUAAACAAAUAAAUAUUUUGUUGAAGAAGAACAAAAAUGACAAUAAUAAGGACUAUACGGGCAUACGAUCGAAAGUUUUUUGAUGAUCUAUAUUUCUGAUAUUAGGUCAAUUAUUUUACGUGCUGGCAAUUAAUGUUUUUGAGAUAAUAUUAAAAAUGAUUCCUAUCGUAGCUAUCGUAGCUUCAACUCUUCGUAUAUUCUUUUUUUCGUGUUCUUAAUAAUAUUUUUAAGAUAGAUAUUAUUUGUAUAUUUACAUAAUUAUAUGUGUUUAUCGAUUCAUCUUCCGUUAGAUCUAAUAACGUUUAAUGGAAAUACGACGAUUGGAGAAUUCUCUUUUUUUUUUAUAAAGCGAUUAGAAAUAAUAAUUUAAUAAAAAAUACAAAUUAUUUAUAAAUGCAAUUGAAAUAUCUUUAGUAAUAAUUAGUAACAAAAGAAAAAAGAAGAAAAUUAAUUUAUUUGAUUAAAAAAAAAGAAGAGAAAGAAGUAACAUAAACAAUUAUUGUCUUUAAUCUAACGGUAUAAUGAAUUCUUAGGAAAUAUUCAUUUAUGUAAUAUGAAAUAUUUUCAUAUUUUGUGAUGAUAUAUAUAUGUAUGUAUCUAUAUGUAUAUUAUAUGGACAUUAAUUUCAGUAUUAGUAAACUCAAAGUUAAGUUCUCUUCUUAUACUUUAAUACUCAAUAUCUCGCUUUAUAAAUGCAACUUUCUUCAUAAUUUUAGCGAUUCGAAAGAGUCGAUCAUUUCGCUGUUAUAUUAUACUUCUUAGAGAAGUUCAUUGUAUCGAUGCAAAAAAAAAGAAAGAAAGAAAGAAAAAAUGGAUGAUUGAUAUGAUCGAUCCUAUUCCCGAUCAUUAUUCGAUCAUAGAUCCACUUAUGUAUUUGCCGAGUUUACGAAAUAAAUAUUAUCUAUGAGA